GGGGCUGGCUCGGGGUUAGCCCCGCCCCCGGAGUGGGGAGGGACCGGAGCUGUCUGGUCCCCACCCCGCCCGGUCAGAGUCUCACUCAGGGAGCCCUGGCAGCUGGCACAGCUGCUCCAGAGAACCCAGGCGUCCGGCCGGGCCCCUGCACUCGGCCACGGCAGGCAGCGACCCCCUGGGGAGGGGCAGGGCCAUGGGGCGUCGGCCCGGGAGCUGGGACCCCCCCACAUGGGGCGGCCCCUGGAAACGGCUGCUGCUGGCAGCCUCCGUCCUGGGCUCCUGCCUCCAGCCGGCGCCGGCCCAGACCCCAGUGUCCAUCGUCCUCACCCCGCCGAGCCCCGCGCUGGGAGGGGGCGUCAGCCUGGCCCCGCAGCCAACGCCACAGAACUUCGUGUCCUGCAGCUGGUACCGAUCAGCGAUCACUGAUGACAAAAACCUGAUCCUCAGCUACUACCCACUAACCCCCCCGGUUCAGCAGAACGGCUCGGCCCACACGAGGCGGGAGACAGCGGGGCCGGGCUGCGUCCUGCACAUCGCGGGGUUAACGCUCAGCGACAACGGGAGCUACACGGUGAAGAUAGAGAUACCUACCGCUACUAUCCCGGUCCCGUCCAUCACAGUGGUUCUGCCCGUCUAUGAAAAGCUUGCCAAGCCCACGGUGACGGCCAGCAAAACCCAGGUGCCUGAGAACGGGACCCUCACCCUCACGUGCAACACUUCCCCCAGCGCCGACACCGUGCUCUGGCUCCAGAACGGGUCGUACAUCGCACCCAACAAGCGGCUGGGGCUGUCCCCUGACAACCGGACCCUCACGGUGCAGAAUUUCACCUGGGGCGACGCCGGGACCUACCAGUGCGAGGUCAGGAACCCCGUCAGCACUGAACGCAGCGAGCCCAACACCGUGACGCUGGCCUAUGGGCCAGAAUCCGCCAGGAUAGACCCUCCAGGACCCGUCAACCUGACCCUUGGGUCCCAUUUCACCCUGACGUGUGUCGCCGACUCUGUCCCAGCCCCGAGCUAUUCCUGGUUUCUCAAUGGCAACAAAUUACCCCAGACCGGGAGCAGCUUGACCUUUGACCUGACGACGUUAAAUCUGGGCAUGUACAAGUGCCAGGCUGACAACCCUGUCACCGGCCUCACGGCUAACGCGGAGAUCGAGGUGCUGGAAAAGCUUGCCAAGCCCAUGGUGACGCCGAACCAGAACCAGGUGCCUGAGAAUGGGACCCUCACCCUCACUUGCAACACUUCCCCCAGCGCCGACACCGUGCUCUGGCUCCAGAACGGGUCGUCCAUCGCACCCAACAAGCAGCUGGGGCUGUCCCCUGACAACCGGACCCUCACGGUGCAGAAUUUCACCUGGGGCGACACCGGGACCUACCAGUGCGAGGUCAGGAACCCCGUCAGCACUGAACGCAGCGAGCCCAGCACCGUGACGCUGGCCUCAUCACCUGCAGACUCCGGUGGAGGCCUGUCGCCCGGAGCCAUCGCUGGGAUCGUCAUCGGGUCGCUGGCCGCGGCGGCGCUGCUCGGGGGCCUGGGCUACGUCCUGCUCCGCAAAACUGGAGGACGAGGGCGUCGGUGGCAGCAAACCCACCUUGGGUGAGGAAGACAUUCAGUAUUCUACACUCGCCUUCAGCGCAGGAGACCAGAAGCCGCCGCCCGGGCCCCAGACCCCCCCUGAGGGCGGCACCGUCUACUCGGAAAUCAGAAAAAAAUGACUGUGAUUUGCUUGGGACCUCGGGAAUCACUGCACCCACCUACCCCACCACCACCGCCCAGGGGUGCUUCUGCAGCCCCCCCCAUGAAGCACUCACUGGGGGGCAGCUCCGGUCCCACCUACCCCCUGCCCGCUGGGCACAAUGAAUGUGAUACCCUCCGCGGGUGAGGCCGUCAGGACUCCGGAGGGGUUCUGGGAGGGGAGGGGGGUCUAGUGGUCAGAGCAGGGGGCUGGGAGCCAGGACUCCUGGGUUCACCUCUGCUUUGCACAGGGGUCGGGGCUGGGGGGGGGGAAGGUGCUGUGCAGUGGGGGAUGGUCUGUGUGGGGGGCUGACGGAUAACGGCGACACCCCCCACCCCAGGCUGCGCUGUCAGUGCUGGCUGGGCGUGGGGCGUGGAUCUGGGCAGCCCCGGUGCAGGGGUGAGAUGGCGCCGUCACCCCAUAGCAUCUCAGCCCAGAGCCCUGUGCCCCCCCAGCUCUCCGCAUCCCCCUCCCCGAGCCUCCCGAGGUGCAGGGCGGUUGUGCUGCUGGGGGGGGGGCGGGGAAUGAUUGUGUGGGGCGCGGGGUGUCGCUUACAGUGGGUGGGACUGGCUGA